AUAAUUGUGAUAAGGGAGCAAUAAAAAUAAAAAGCUGGGCGGAAAACCCCUGAAACAUGCUGCUUGGCAGCCGAAUCUCCAGUCAAAAUGAGCGAAUCUCUUGAUAAGACCACCAGCCCGAGCCUGGCCAGUUCCAGGGCCUCGCAGGAGAAUGGGGAUCCGGAUGAGGGGCACGAUGUGAGCGACACCUUCUACACGAGUCAGCGGAAGAAGGGCAGCCACGUCUUUCGGGUUCGUCUGGAUGCCACGGGAUUCACGCUGCAGCGGGAGUCGCCCGGCGGCAGCAUCGUCAAGGAGCAGCAGGUGCGGAUCUCGGACAUUGUGGGUGCCCGCUGCAUGCGACCCAAGAAGAGUCGCCGCCUGGCGAUGUCCGGAGCCUGUGCCUGCAGCUCCGGCAAUCCCAAUUCACCGGCCAUUUCGGCAUCUGGCGGUGAUCAUCAUCAACGUGCAGUUAACACGCCGAGCAAGUGCAGCAUCAACAGCCGGGAGAAUCUGCCCGCGGAUGGCGAUGUCAGCGCCUUUCUCUAUGUCUUCGCCUAUGUCCUGAAGAAGAGGAGCCUGCGCACGGAGCUGCACAGGGAGAGAACAGUGCUAACGCUGCGCUUCAGAUCCUUCGACACGUUCGAGGAUAACAUGCGGGAGGCGGACAGAUGGUAUCGCUCGCUGCGCUGGCAGCUGCAUCGCACGCUGGAGGAGAUCUUCGUGGCUCCGGCGGCUGAUGAGCGCAGGCGCCGAGUGCUGGUGCUGCUAAAUCCGAAAUCCGGUUCCGGCGAUGCCCGCGAGGUCUUCAACAUGCAUGUGGUGCCGGUGCUCAACGAGGCCGAGGUUCCCUACGACCUGUACGUAACGAAGCAUUCCAACUUUGCCAUCGAAUUCCUGAGCACCCGCUCUUUGGAUGCCUGGUGCUGCGUGGUAGCGGUCGGCGGCGAUGGCCUGUUCCACGAGAUUGUCAAUGGGCUGCUGCAGCGCCAGGAUUGGGCGCACGUUCUGCCCCAUUUGGCACUGGGCAUCAUUCCCUGCGGUUCGGGUAAUGGGCUGGCCAGGUCUAUUGCUCAUUGUUACAAUGAACCGUACUUCAGUAAGCCCGUGCUGGGAGCCGCUCUCACCGUGAUCAGUGGACGCAGUUCUCCCAUGGAUGUGGUGCGCGUGCAGCUGCAGACUCGCUCGCUCUACUCCUUCCUCUCCAUCGGCUGGGGUCUCAUCUCGGACGUGGAUAUCGAGAGCGAGCGCAUCCGGCUGCUGGGCUACCAACGAUUCACCGUGUGGACUCUGUAUCGUCUGGUGAAUCUGCGCACCUACAACGGACGCAUUAGUUAUUUGCCCACGGAGCAGCAGCAGGAUUCCUCUUCCAGUCAGGGCCAAAGCGGAGGUCAUCGCAGGAUGCUGGGCAGUCGGAGCUGCAAUACGCACAUCGAUAUGCUCAAUGGACCGGCGCCGGCGGCGUCCAGCUUUCAUUCCAGUGCCGAGUACCUGCCGCAGGAGUUUGCGGACGUCAUCUCCCUGGAGACGUCCAUCAAUCAGUCGUUUCGCUCGCGUUGCGACAGCUGGCUUUCGGGUGGAUCGCGUCGCAGCUUCUACUAUUCCAUAUCGGAGAGCAUCUAUCAUAGUUUGGCGGAUGAGAGCGAGUUUGCGGGCCUGGCGGCCGCUUCGCUGGAGAACAGGCAGCUUAACUAUGGACCGGCGAGCGAACUGCCCGAUCUAGAGGACCCCCUGCCCGAGGAUCAGGGCUGGCUGGUGGAGGAGGGCGAGUUCGUGAUGAUGCAUGCCGUCUAUCAGACGCAUCUGGGCAUCGACUGCCAUUUUGCGCCCAAGGCCCAGCUGAACGACGGCACCAUUUAUCUGAUACUCAUACGCGCCGGCAUCAGUCGGCCGCAUCUGCUGAGCUUCCUGUACAACAUGAGCUCCGGCACGCAUCUGCCGGCGGUGAACAACGAGUAUGUGAAGGUGCUGCCGGUGCGAGCCUUCCGGCUGGAGCCACACGACAAUCACGGCAUCAUCACGGUCGACGGGGAGCGCGUCGAGUUCGGUCCCCUCCAGGCUGAGGUCCUGCCGGGCAUAGCCCGCGUCAUGGUGCCCAAAUGAAGGAGGACGGACAGGAGCUUAGUGAAGACCAUCAAGCAAUAGAAAUCUCAAUUUAGGAAUCUCUGCAUUUGUAGCUAAUACUUAGAGAUGAGAGCGUUGUGCAUUCUUAAUAUUUUGUGUUGCUUCGGCCAACCAAUUAUGUAUUGUUAAUCAUUUAAAGAAUAAUUGCAGUU